CCUCUUGGCGCUUGGUCUGGACGCUCUUCUGAAGAGACAUAUCGUUUGAUAAGGCUCUCUAUCAUGGAUGGGAUGUGGAACAGCCCGCCCUUAAGCCUAAUCGAGAUCUACGCCAAACAUUUCUCAAUUGAUAACCUCAAAUAAUGGACGUGCUAUUUCAAACCAGUGAUCUCGCCUGUCUGAAGGACAGAGACAGCCUGAUCACGUCUGUUCUCGCGCAGACCAAAUCCUUGACACGCCGGGUGAGAUCAGCCUCGCCGUAGGCCUUCCCCAACUCUAUCGUUUUUUAAUAGCCAACCUUUACCUAAUCAAUUGUUGGACCACAAUCAUGUUCACAAAAGGCGGCCUGAGGGGUUUUGCCCGCAAGGCUAAGCUUGCCGUCACAACGAAGCAGGGCUUCAAAAAUGCCAUUGAGGUCCAGACUUCGGACUUUGCGCCAUCAAGCUAUGGAUUCAUCUGGUCGAACGCUCAUAUGGACCCAACGCCACCGAAGGAGCGUACUUGGACCUGGUUCCAUUACUUCGCUCUCUGGUACUCGUACAACUUUACUUCCGGAGCAUGGGCAACUGCUUCGUCUCUCUUAAGCUUGAACGUGAAUUGGUGGCAGGCAAUUCUGGCUUGUUUGGUGGCCUCUAUUAUUAGCGCGGCUGCAACUUGUUUGAAUUCCAGGCAGUCAUCAGUCUACCACAUUGGGUUCCCCACCCUUCAACGAGUAUCUUUCGGCCUCUAUGGCUCUCUGUUUCCUGUUUUCACGAGAGCUGUUGUGGCGAUCCUGUGGAUUGGUGUCACGGUUUACCAGAGCUCCUUGUUUCUUGAUGUUGCCUUCAGAUGCGUCUUCGGAAGCGCAUGGUAUAACAUGCCCAACACGUUUCCCGCAAACGCGUCGAUAACUACAAGAAAGUUCGUCUCAUGUCUAAUAAUAUGGCUUGGUUCCUAUCCUGUCAUGGCCCUUAAGAUUCACAAAAUGCGACAUUUGUGGAGCUUGAAGGCCAUUGUUGUGCCACCAGUAACUAUCGGAUUCUUCAUUUAUUGCAUGGCAGCGGGAAGCAAGGGUGCUACGUCGUAUGCAGCAACCCCACAUCCUGCUCAUGGUUCCAAUUUAGGAUGGGCUUUCGUAUACAGUGUUCAAGCUGUCAUUGGCAGUUUUUCACCGUUGAUUGCUUCGAAUCCAGACAUCGCCAGGUAUGCAAGAAGCCCGAGGGCAACCUUGUGGUCCCAGUUCUUCACCAUAAUUUUCUGGAAGACCGUGAUCUGCAUGAUUGGAAUAUUUGGCACCAAUGCAAUUGCCUAUAAAUACGGCAAGACCUACUGGAACAUGUGGGACAUCUGCAGUGUCAUCCUUGACCACCACUGGAACGGAGGUGUCCGCUUUGCCAUCUUUCUUUUCGCAAUCAUCAUGGCGACGUCCGAGCAAAUCAAAAAUCUCUCGGCCAAUCUCAUCUCGUUUGGAGCGGAUUCAGCGUGCCUGCUUCCGAAAUACCUUAACAUCAACCGUGGUAUGAUUCUAGGCUUGACCGUGGGAUUUAUUAUCCAACCCUGGCAUAUCCUUGCGACCGCUAAAAGCUUCCUAACCUUCUUGACCGGAUACAGUAUUUUCCUAGGAGCAAUUCCUUCAAUCGCUGUUACAGACUAUUUCCUGCGAAAGGGAAAUGUGGACGUUUUGUCGUUGUAUACGGCCAGGAAAGAUUACUGGUACAGAGCUGGAGUCAACUGGAAGGCUUAUGCGGCAUACUUUAUGGCAAUUUGGCCUCUCUGCCCUGGGCUGGCAUAUCAAUUCAACAAAAGUUAUAACAUUGCCCAGGGCUGGAUUCAUCUAUAUCAGUUUGGUUGGCUCUUUGCUGUCUUCUCAUCGGCAUUCAUCUAUACUAUACUCUCAUAUAUUUUCAAAGACGCUCACAUGUUUGAGGCUCAGAAGAGCCCUUUCGAAUCGUUCGCAGAAAGUCAAAGAGAACUUCUUGAUAAGGAAGCGGAGGUUGUGACGAUCACUGGAGAAGACGUCUCAGAAAACAGUCAACACGAUGUGGAGAAAGAGCUCAGCAAGAAUCCAGGUCUUGUUACUGUCACUUGAUUUCUUAGUUCGAAUAGCGGCGAUGUGGG